ACAAGAUUCACAUGCCUAGCAUUAAGAUAUCGACAUCAUGGAAAAAAUGUUCAGAAGUGAUAACUCAACAUACUCUAAAGCACAGGCUGAUUGCCCCUUACGGCAGGACACCAUGACAAUUUAUAAUUGCAGCAAAAUUUCAACUACCACCACCACCACUCUAGCUUACUAACAAUACUGAUGGAUGUGCAUAUUUUAACUGAAACAUUAUGCCCAGUUACAGAAAUGCACCGCUCAAUGCGUAGAUUGAGGGUUGACUAAACAUUUCAUUAUAUACAGCCAGUAAAACUGUAGAAUUGAAUAGGAAAAGCCAGCUAUUUGGGAGCUAAGCUCACUUUUCUUUGUCUUUGCAUGUGAUUGUCCCAUUCUCUGUCACAUGUUGGGCUCCCCUGAUUGUCUAAUCAAUUGCAUCUUGUCAUGUAGCAAUCGGAAUGUGGGAUUGUGGUGUUGAAUCCAUUUAUACACUCAUUCUGAAAUAGAGGAGAGCAUUUUAACGGGCAACUCAUAACAGAGAGAAGCUGCAUUCUGGAUCUAUGCCAAUUGUGAAAAUAGGAGAAAUGGGGGCUUCUUCAAUGAUCAUCUGUUGUUGUUUGUUGCUGAUAUUGUUGGAUCCAAGUGUUCACUGCUACAAUGUAAAGAUACUCAAACCUGAAGACAAGGGAAUAGCAGAGAUAGAUGAGGAAGAACAGCAAUUGAAGUUCUUCACUGGAAGGAAAUUCAUUUUUGGCAAUGAAUUUGGAAGGAGAAGGAAAUGGGAUUCAUUUAGAACAGAGGAAGAAUUAGGUAUAGUGUUAUGGAGAAGGUUGCUUGAAGAUAAAGAAGAAUCCACUGUGAACAAAGAAGCGGACGAACAGCAUAACGAAUCACAUGAGAGUAGUCAGAACAAUACAUUGCCAGAGGAUCCAAAGAAGGAAACGGCUCCAAUGUCAAAACUCAUGAAUCCUACUGGCGUUAAGCUGGAGGUGAAGGACGUCAAUGUGGAGGGGUUGAAGGCAAUGGAAAAAAACACAACAGAAAAUAUUGAAGUUAAUGAUGUUCAAAAACAAUUGAAUGAUGGAACAGAGAAUGAUAAAGGGGAAUGGAAGAGUACAGGUGAAUUAACAGAUGGAAUUAAGGAGAAUAUUCAAGCUGGAACAACUCCAGGGACUUCAACAGAAGCCAGGAAACAAGAAAUCCAAAGCACUGAAAAAGAAAGCGCCCUGGAUUUGGCAGAAAAGGGGAUACAGGAAAUGAAGAGCAACCAAGCUGAAAUGCAGACAAAUUCAGCAGAAUUCAAAACAGAAACUGGACCGCAGGAAAUGGAGAACCACCAAGCUGAAAUGCAGACAAUUUCAACAGAAGACAAGACAGAAAUUGGACCGCAGGAAAUGGAGAGCAACCAAGCUGAAAUGCAGACAAAGUCAACAGAAGUCAAAACAGAAAUUGGACUGCAGAAAAUUGAAAGCAAUGGAGAUGAAAUGCAAACAAAUUCAUCAGAAGCAGAAACAGAUAUUAAAAUGCAGAAAAUUGAAAAUACUGGAGUUGAAUUGGAAAUGCAGACAAAUUCAGUACAUAACAAAACAGGAAUUGAACCGCAGAAAACUGAAAGUAAUGGAGAUGAAAUGCAGACAAAUUCAACUGAAGCAGAAACAUAUAUUAGAAUGCAGAAAAUUGAAAACACUACAGGUGAAUUUGAAAUGCAGAAAACUGAAAGCAGCGAAGGUGAAAUGCAAGUACAUUCAGUGGAUAACAAAACAGAAACCGGAAUGCAGAAAAUUGAAGACCAUGAGGCUGAAACACUGAAAAUAUCAAAAGAAAUCCAAGGCGCUAGGACAGAAGGGGAUGCGAAUUCAACAGACACCGGACUGAAGGAAUUUGAAAGCCUGACGGAUUCCAAAGGCACUGAAGCGCAGAAUGCCAUUAAUAUCGAAUUACAGGAGCAAGCUGAACCCAUGACAAAUUCCAAGGUUAGCAUGAACCCAGACUUGAAAAGCACUGUGAAUUCCAUGGACGAUGAAACAAAAAGCACAGGCAAUCUGGAAUCCGCUACAAAGUCUAGAGAAAAUAAACUUGAGGAAGCCGAAAGCUUCACAAAUUCUACGAGCAUACAAACCAAUAACACAGAAAUCACAGAGGCUGAAACCUUGGCAAAUUCUGAAGAGGCAGAAUUAGAGAAAAGUUCAGAAAGCACAAAAGCGGAUCCCUUGGAAAGUUCUUCACAGACAGAAACAAAGGAGGCAGUGUCCCUGGCAACAGAAAUCCUGAAUAAUUCAACAGACACAGAGAUGAAGAGCGAGAUUGAUGCUGAGAAACCUAAGAACUCAGAGGAAGAAGGGGAAAGAAAAUCAGAGGAAGAAGGGGGAAAAGAUUCAGAGGAAGAAGAGGACCUCGUUCAAGAAUUCAGGGAACUUCCAUGGAAGCUUCACGACACGGCAGAGAAGGUUGCAGACCAUCUAAUGCCAGGGAUCCAAAAGCUGUCCAAUAAAUCAAAAAUCUACUUCAAUAUGGCAAGCGAGGAAAUUGCGCAGGGCUUCCAGCCGCUGGUCGGAAGGCACUACGCCCCUUUCAUGGCAACAACAGUUUCGUGUCUAUUUCUGCUGAUUCCCCUGUUUGUGACAGUCAUUGUCUUGGACCAAAUCAGGGCCUUCUUACCAUUGCAAAAGCUCCUCUUCCUGACCAACAUAUACUUAGCCAAUUACUUUGCAACUCUCAUGUUUGCCAGCUUCAUCUUGGCAGUGGAGCCCAUGGAAUUUUUCUACAGAAAUUCUCCCGAAGGCUACAUUUACUUGCAGCUGCUUCAGGGUUUGGGGUAUGUUUUGUUUUUGUCCCUGCAAUGUUGUAAUGUGGUGGGUUCGACUGCAAAUGGUUCCAUUCUGGACAAACUGGGAGCUGGGAUACAAUUACUCGGAACUGUGUGUAUUGGAUUGCAUUAUUACGUGACAGUCUUCCACAGGGCCAUGGCUCACAAGCCUCCCAGAACCUGUUGGAGAGUCUACGCCGCUUAUGUUCUGGUCUUUUCUGUUCUUAGCUUCCUCUCUCGAUUAAGGCGAGGGAAGAAAGAGUAUGUGCACGCUGGUGCCCAUGGAAAUACCCACAAGAAGAAUUGAUCUGUUUCCCUUCAUUCAUGCAACUAGGCCUUCUGUAUUUCAAUCAUAUGCUACUGCAACUGCAACUACUAUACUUCAUUCGAUGAGAGGUGAUAUUUUCAGUAGAGGAAUUGUUUUCUGCUAAAAAAUUGUGUAGGACUUUUUUAUGUUAACACUGCAGAUCACACUUCAUCCUUAACCCAGAUGAUCACCUUUAACUGUAAAUAUAGGCUAGCAGUGUGAUUAUAAUAUAUGAUCAUACAACAUUGCAGAUCACAUUUCAUAAUCACUAUGAUUAAAAUGUGUGAUCAUACAAUAUUGAAGCAUAACACCUAUCAUAUUGAAUUGUUUUGGAUCAAAAUCCGUUUUUCAUGAAAUAUUUUUUUUACAAUAUAAUUAUUUCUCUUGUUA